CUGUGUCAUCCUUAAUAUUUGUUGUUAUUACUAGGGAAACAGUUAUUGUGAUGAGCCAAGCAGAGAGAUCAGCCUCCAUAAUUAAUACUACGUUUGUUCGUCCUGCAGCUUUUUACAUCAAUGGCUUCACCGACAUCCCUCAUGCUCAGUAUUACUACGUGUUCCUGUGCUUCGUCUACAUCAUGACUGUUGUUGGGAACGGUUUUCUGAUGUCUGUGAUUUACCUGGUGAAGACUCUUCAUUCUGCUAAAUACAUGAUUGUGUUCAGCCUGGCUUUAACAGAUCUGUGUGGCAGCACUGCUCUCAUCCCUAAAGUCCUGGACACGUUCUUGUUUGACAGGAGAUACAUUGUCUAUGAGGCGUGUUUGAGUUACAUGUUCUUUGUUUACUUCUUUGCUUGUUUGCAGUCAUUAACGCUUCUCAUGAUGGGUUUCGACAGGUUUGUAGCCAUUUGCUUCCCUUUGAGUUACCAUCGUAUUGUGACUAAACCAGCUGUUGCUGUGAUGCUGCUGUGUGUGUGGGGUUUAUCACUGAGUGUUUUAGGAGUCCUUGUUGGUCUCAUCAACCGUCUGUCCUUCUGUGGGUCUUUAGUGAUACCAAGCUUUUUCUGUGACCAUGGACCUGUCUAUCGUCUGGCCUGUAAUGACACAUCAUUAAAUUAUAUAAUGGGAAUUUUGUCCUUAAUUCUAUUCGAUUGCAUUCCCUUAAUGCUAAUAUCACUGACCUAUGUGUGCAUUGCUGUUGCUCUGAGCAAGAUCACAUCUGGAGUGGAACAACACAAAGCUCUGAAAACUUGUACUUCUCAUGUUAUACUUGUUGCUAUCUUCUUUCUACCAAUUGUAGCCACAAACUUAGCUGUUAUGUCCUACCUUCACCCCAACACCAGGAUCAUCAACUCCACUUUGACUCACACUGUACCAGCUCUGCUCAACCCCAUCAUCUACUCUUUAAAGACUAAAGAAGUGAUGAAGGCUUUUAAGAAGCUUUGGAAAAACGUCAGACCUUAUACUGUAAUAGAACUUAAACUAAAAAACUAAUUCACGGCUGUUAAUGUGUGCAUAUGAUUAUGUUUUAUAUCUCAACUGAAAAAUUCUUAUGCGUAGGAUAUAAAUGUAUUGUGUGAUACCUUAAAAUGCUCUGAAUUCUACUGUUACAUUAAUAAUAUAGUAAACUCUCUUUACUGAAUUAGAGAUGUGGAUCAUUGUGACUCAAUGUACUGUAGUAACUAUCUGUGUUUCUUCG